CACGAUCAAUCGACGUAGUUGCGUGGCCCGUGCAACGGAAAUUUUCACUCUGUAGAAAGUUUCAGAAGUCGUGCAACGAACAUGGACGUCUAAAAUGUAAGCUUGGCGUUGUAUACUAGACGAUGUGAGCAAAUUAAGGUGUGGAAAGUGAAAGUCAUGCAUCGCGUAUCGUAUCAGCAAUAAAAAUUUACGAUACCUUGGAAAAAUCCGCACUAAAGAUUCAUCGGAGAGUGUUUGUUUCUUGUAGCCGUGCUAAAGGUUGCAAUUUUUGCGGGUUGUUAACAUUUUGUUCUGAAACUUUCCUCGAGAAACUUUCCCCGUUGAACGCUCUACGCGACUAUGGCGAUUGAUGAGAAAACUACGUCGAGUAAGAAAACACGAGAGUCACCCAGCAGCUUCUCUUCGCUGAUUGGCCAGAAAAAAUUUUUUCUGGCCAAUCAGAAGCAGGCAAUUCAAACGCUUCUGGAACUGGUUCGGUAAGAGUAAGUGCCCAGGGGCUCGUCUCGAUCUUACAGUAAACUUUCACCACAGACAUUUUAUCGACCCGACUAACUGCCCCUGGGUCUCCGCGGAUGCGUAAACCUAAACUUUACGGAGAUAUUAAAAGCAGAUACCCUAAGAUUACAGCAGCUAUGGGAAAAUUAUUAUAUUUUUGAGUAGACAAAUCUCAUAAACGGGCCACAAAUUCAACAUGAAUACGCGCGAACUGAACAAAUUGUCUGUUGUACAUUUUAAAGGUUUUGCUCAACUUACACAAUUUUCCCUUGCUGAACAUAAACUGUACCGAGCCGUAUCUUGGUCCGUUAUAUAUAAGCUAUAUCAUGGUUCAAAUUUUAAACCAUAAGAUCCCUGAAAGAGUUCUCCUCAAUGGAGCAAUAUGUAAAAGGUUUUGAAAGGUUUCACGCCGGUGAAGAUGUGCGGCCUGUCACCUCUUGCAAGUUUUUACUUUAUUAUUAUUAUUAUUAUUAUUAUUAUUAUUAUUAUCAUUUUUAUUGUAGUUGUUGUUGUUGUCCAUGAUGACACUAAUUACUGGGUUUACUUGUCCUCCGACCAUCUAUUUCAAGUUUAUUACAAAGUGCGACGAUUAUUACAAAGUGCGACAGUACAUUCCAUCCACUUUCUUUGAAAUGAAAUUUAGUGUUGGCCCAAAGGAGUAACUUGAACAAAUUGACGAAAGCUAUCUAAGUUGCAUGAAUUUACGCAACAGUCGUAAUUAAAUAUUUAAGACUAUAAACUAAACAUAACUUAACAGCACUAAUGAUCGAAAAAACUCACGUAGUCUCUAAAACCUUAUUGAACAGUAUAUUCUUCUUAUUUGGCAAGUCGUCAAAAAGAUACUGUUUAUAAAGACUAAUAGAAGCAUAAUUUAAAAAUUUAACUACAUUGGUCGAAAAACUGCAUUAAACACUCCCUAGCGCUGAAACAACAUUUUCAAAAACAUUUUUAAAGUUAAUGGGAACCUAUAAUUUUUUCGGUUGUCAAAAGGAAUAGAGAGGAUUCCAUGUUAAUUCUUUUUCAAAAGAAAAGCAAUCUUGGAAAUAAGAUUUUUGGACACACAGAAAACGAAUUUGCGAUGGCUACUGAUUGGUUACCGCUUUCAUUCAGACCGGUGUCGUCAUCGAUGGUAGAAUAAGGCAUUUAUGAAAAGACUUAACAUGAAGUCUUUUCUAAAAUGUAAUUUUCCUCCUACCCCAAAUCACACUAAAAAUAAUUUAGUAAGCUCGUCUUAGUUUUAUGCUUUUUAUGUUGUAUGUUCACAAUUAACUAAAGAAAAAUAAACUUCUAAGUUGACGCUCGAGACAAUUGAAUUAAUAUUCCCUUAUUAACGAAGACGUAGUUUGAUAUAAAGCCAUAUUUUAUUUGCAGUGCAGAAAACUAAGAUAUUUUCAAUGCCAGAGAGCCUUGGAGCUAAAAAAAGAGAUUAUAAUUUUGGUAACGUUUCUUUUAAGGGGGAAAUAUCCAGAUGACUUUUCUUUUUUUAUCUUGUUUGUUCGUGACGUUGGCGUAAACAGUGCAUUGGUUGAGGUUUCAAGACUUGUCAUUAAUUGGCCCAGCCUGACUGAACAGACGUACCGGACAAAGAGAGUCAUAAAUAAAAAACACUUAAUAUUGCAUAUAAACUGAUGGUUUUUUAGAACGGCUAUCACUUUACAAAUCAUUGUUUUUGGCAGUGUUUGUCAAGUUCAUCCACUGAUUUUACGAAGUUUGCCAACAGUUUCACCAAUCGCAGAUGUUCUCCUUAUCCUUCUGCCUCCUUCCGUUGUUUUCUUUCAUACCCAAUGCAGUCUUUGCUCAACUGGAAGGUUGGUUUUUCUUCGCUUUAUUUUAUUGAUAGUCGAGUAAAAUUGGUCAUGGGAAUAACCUUUUUUGCUUAGUAUAGUUUAGUGGAAAGAUGGAGACGAACCAGUUUUCUCAUUAUAACGAUUUGCAUGUAAAACAGCGCCUGCGGAUAGUAUUUUGUCACUAAUUAACUUGGCUCUUUUUCGGUUUCGCUUGGCUACUUAAAAAAUCGCUGAGAAAUUGCGGCCGGCAUGUUAGAAAAAUGUAUAACAGUUCCUGCUGUUUUACGGGAGAGCGAGCUUUAGCAACUAGGACAAAAGCGAAUAUUACGAAUUAUACUAGUUUUGCGUUCUUUUAUACUCUAUCGCGAUAUGCUUGAAUUUUCCUGGAGAUGGAUUCUUAAGGACUGUAUCCGAGUUUUUGUGGAAAGACUAUUAAUUAAGGAAAAUUCGAAGUCAUGUGUGAAUUCACGUCCUCCACAAAAUGUUGUAUUAGGAACGGCUUCGCGUCGAAGCCGUGCAUUGGACUUCAGAUUAAGAAGUGUGCCCCAAAGUGUGAUGUACGUGCGGAGCUGUAAGUUAUGUUUUCAUUAAAAAAGAUGUUUUCAGACCUUCGAUCGUUGCCGCCGUCGUCGAGUGGCUGCUUCAAACGUAAUAAGUCUUAUUCAGUUUUAAAGCUCACAAAAAGUAUGAUUUAAAGAACUGCAUGGCUUUAAAAGUCAUAAAUGUUAAAUAGCUGUAGAACUGCCAGAAAAAUCCCUAAUUCGAUGAAGAGGAUAUUUCCACAUUUUUCUUCCCCUGACCUCUAGGCUUUACUUUAGCUGACUUUUUUUACUUCCAGUUUACUUAACGGGUCCCUUUUAAAAACCAUUCAUAAAGCCUGGAACUCCCUAAAUUAACAGAUUUCUUAUAUGCACGACCCAUGCAUUCUAAAAACUUAUAUUAAACCCCUCUCUCUUUCUCUUCAGAGUUUACCACCAUGUAUCAUCACAGUCUUCGUCAAGAUGUUUUUAUAAAGGACGAGUACCAUUACUUAAACGUUCCUACAGUUGGAACAUUCACAGUGUAUGACAGCCUUGACUGCACCUUUGAAUGCCUCGGCAAUCCUUCCUGUUUGUCCUUCAACCUGGCAGCUUACAAAGGAGCAGAUGGAAAGUUGCGGUGUGAGUUGUUGUCCUCAGAAAAGUUCAGCAAUCCUGAGGAAUAUAAAAGGAACGAGAGUUUUCAUCACUUUUCCAUCAAGGUGAGGUUAUUUCUUUGUAUAGAGUUUAAAGUAAGAUAUCUUUUUAUAUCCCAAUCUAUGCGAUUUUUAAAUAACGUGUCACUAAAUUAAACACGAACCGGCGUAAAAGUGACUGUCACCAUAACACGUCGGAAUUACUCAUUCGAAUGCCACUUUUAAUUCUCCUUAAUAUUUUCUUACUUCAACACUUUCACGCGGAACAAAAUUACCUUAAUAAAAUGGCAGUUGACAUCAAAAUUUUUUAUAAUUAUUUCAGACUCCAUGUAUGUCAUCACCUUGCCAGAACGGAGGUACCUGUGUAGCGAACUACAAGUAUCACUCGUUUGACUGCCGUUGCGAAGCAGGUUUUUUCGGAGAAUUUUGCGAAAAAGGUAAUUGACGUGCUUAACUCAAUUCAGACCGGGGCAGCCUUGGAAAAAAAGUUGAAUAACUUGAAAGACGUUCAAGCUAGGACCACCAAACUUUGCAGCUUCUCCUUAAAUUUAUCAGGAAACAUUUUUAAGUCAUUGUGACGGGUAGGUCAACAUUGAUGUUACCAUGGCAACCGAGAUUUGACAGCCUGGUUCUUCAAAAUUUGCAUUUCUCCAAAAUAUAGGUUUUGUUUCUAUUUUUACUGAUUGAAUUGUUAUAUUGCACCAGAAAUGGCGUCAGAUUACGUCAUUGUGUCAAUCAACUGGAAAUGAUGAGGAAAUUGUUGUGUGUAAUUUUAGUGGCCAUAGACUGAGGUUUUUUGAAGUUCUCGAGGGGGUCCUCCUAAGUCCCCUUCAGUCGCAGGAAGCAAAAAAAAGCCCGGUCCGAAUGGGGUCAAAGACAGAACCUUUAUGCAAAGUCGGCUAAGUCCUUAUAAACCAUAUUUUUAUCUUAGUUUAGUUAGUUUGGUCUAAAUACAAAAACAAAACGCGUGACUAAUAACCUGGUUUUUGAGAACCUGUUAGGCUGAAAUUUGUUAUAGUUAGGCCCCCUCUAUACAAGAACCUGUUCAGCCUAAAAUUUGAAACAGGUUUUUAUUUCCUAAAAUCUUUUUCAAAAAUUGGUAUACUUGGGCAAAUUCUAUAACUCAACAUUCAGGAUCCUUUUUGGAGACAUACCAGUUGCCUUAUUACUCCACCUGCAAUUGUAAUGGUAUACAGGUUUAACCUAAGGAAUUAGCUGAAUACCACUAAAUAGCUUAAUUUUCGCUUCAAUGUAUUUUUUCUUCAGAAAAUAAGAACCUGUUUAAGAGAACCGAAAUAUAGCCUAAAUUUGUGCUAAUUAUCAUAUGUAAGAACCUGUUUAGGCUAGCUUGGGAAAAUGCAGAUUCUUAGAUGCGGGCUUUUACUAAAACUGACACUGUCUCCUUAAACGUCGAUGCCGCAGGCGUGAGAAGCCGUAUAUUUAUUGUCAAGUGUACAAAAAAACUCAGAAGUCGCCCUUUGGCGUCUUAUUCACCUGAUUUGGUAAAUUGGGAAGAUUAAAACUUGUUUCAUGACGGUCAUUAAUUGUCAGAAGUGGAUCUCUCUAAAAAUGAUUUGCUCAACGCAUUUGCCCCUGGGAACGAAUUCGUCAGAUACAAACAAGCAAAGUUAAGACAAAAUUUUAAAACUUUUAUUUUUUUAAAAAAUAUUGAACUUCAUCUUUCGCUUUCCCCCCUUUCCGCUUCUUUUUCCCUCUCUCGUCCCCCUACCCCCAACCAUUUUUUCUUUGUUGGCUGGCCAUUCACUUGGCUUAAUUUCGGCGCAAAAAUAUUCCUCCUGCACACAAGUCUCGCGUCAAAGUUGGGUAUAACCUUCGUGUAGACGUUUUCUAUCCCGUUUGUUGCAUGCGUGCAACAACAGAAAUAGAAGACGUCUGCAUGCAGGUGGUUAAAUUGGCCAAUGACCAUUAAAAUUGAUGACGUCACAAGUGGUGCGAGGAGCGUGGGCCGACACGGGCAGUUACGGGUAGUUUAGGUGUAACUCUGCUAAUCUUAUUUGGAUUUUCUUUUCCUGUCUUCCCCUUACCUAUCCGUCCGUGAUAAAGUGAGAGAAAUAAGUUGAGUUAAAUACGUUAACUACUUCAAUCUUUUUUUUUCAGUUGCAAAGUCAUGCCAAGACGUUUAUAAUCAGCUCGCAGAAAAGUGAGUAAACCAAUGCAUAGUAAUUUAAUUAGGAUUAUAUGGUCAGUAAGUUCGGGGGAACAUUCGGAGUUGUCAGUACUGUGCAGUUAACCGCAAUUAUGAGCCACAGAACAGCCAAAAAUCAUUCGUUAAUCCUCAAAAAUAGAGACACAAUUUGCGUUGCAGUGAAUGUCGAUAUCACUUGUAUCACUUGUAUCGUGGCUGAUGGACUCUAUUUCAGCCUUUGUUCUCCACCCUGGAAUCUUAAUUUUAUUAGAAGCCUAAAUCGACGCAAAAUCUGUUGAAUCUUUUAAAACAAAUGCCUGAGUUCGUAUUAUUCAGAUAGUAUAAACCAUCAACUAUGAACACCAGUAUCCACUGAAGGCCCUCCAGUAAAAAAGUUGUUGAUGAAAUGCAGUGGAACCCCGCCCUUCCGCUUCAGUACGAACACCCGUAUAAAACGAACGGUUCGUUUGUACCGACGAAAAGUUCACAUAUUUGCUCAUAAGUUAGCUUGGCUAAUACGGAAAACAAACACUUUUCUGUGUCCCGAGUCACAAACCCUCAUAUCAAUUAUCGUCAACUCGCCCAGGGGAUACUCAAUAAAUUUCCAUACGGGGAGGCUCAGCCUCGACGUCCAACUCAUUUGGGGGAACGUGUUACCUUUUUACACAUCAUUUUUGACAGAAAAGGUACUUUUUUCCUAUAUCGGCCAUUCCAUUCAUCUCUUGAACGAGGGGUUCAGGCAUUUUAAAAAGGGCUUACAUACAAGGGUCAAACAUGGGAAGAAAGACUGCAGCCUAAUCAAAAUCAAACUUGUCACGCUAUUUUGCAUAUUUAUUUUUGUUUUUCACGGGCGUAGCGUCCUUUACGCAAAUACGCAUGCGCGUACUUGAGAAAUUGAUAAGAUUUUUUUUAAAGGUUUUCUGAGUGUCGACGUGACUUGACUUUGUACAUGUAUUGUGCAGAUUUUUUCCUGUCUGUCUCCCUGUUAUUCAGCAUCGUCUUUUAAUACACGUAAACACAAUAGUUUGAGUAGUGGAAUGUAAUAAAUUCGAAACAUUCUUCAAUAAAUUUUGCCUUCAGGCGAUCCCACAAUAUAUUGCUUAUUCACGAAAAUCGGAAACUGAAAAUCGACCCUGACUGACCAAUCAUUCCUUUUAAGAUUUAUCUGAAAGGUUUUCCUAUUCAAGUGCUUUUUCAUUUUUUUAGUUUUCUCUCUCUCCCCAUGAAUGUCGAAAAAGUCUAUCAAAGACUACUUUGAUGUCCUCAACUGGAAAGUCAUGGACCAAACCAUGCCGAUGAUAAUCCACGUAAGCAGGUGCACGUUUGGCGCGGUAUCAACAAGAAUUUUGCAAGAAAUUUACUCCUAGCGAACAGACGUAGUAUUUGUUUCCAGUGAAAAUUUUUUACAAAAAAUGCGCCUCGCUUUGUGCUGUUAAAUAUUCCUGUACCAGCUCAUCGAAGACGUUUUAGAAGCUUUUUUUUGAAAUCACGUUUUAUUGUAAAUAAGCCUGUAAGCUGGUAGUUAUGGAUUAAAGGAAAGCAAAAACGUUAUUUUGUACGAGGUUUUUAAAACCAUAUGGACCCGUGUACGUGCUUGUCAAAAUGUCCACGCUACGCCCCUGUUUUUAGUAAUAAAAUCGUGUUAACCCACAGAAAUCUGUAAUUAUUUGAACAGGGUUCAUUGUAUGCAAUUAGUGCAUGAUUGUGACAAGGAAAUAGACAGUGUGAGGCGAGUUGGCCAGUGGUCACCAGUGUCCAUAACGCUUGGGUUGACGAUAAAUGAGCUUCUCUGACUUAAUGAGUCAUAGAAAAGUGUCCGUUUGUCGUAUUAACCGCCGUGUCCGUUUUAAACGGGUUGGAGAAAAUAUGUGAGCAUCAAUAAGCAUGCAAAAUUACAGGAUGGCUUACACCUUCUGAGUAGUUGUCAAAAACAACUAGUCCAAGUCUUAAAGAUAGUUCGCAGGUAAAAUAGAGGCGUGAACUGCAUCUCGCCUUUCUUGUACUUUGCCGGCAGAUGAGAAAAACAACAUCAUGUCACCAUUUUCGUUUCGUUCGCCCCAUAUAUAUGUAGAGUCCUUAAGUGUAACGUCAAAAAAAAAAACUAUGGAAUUUGUUGGGAUAUUUUGAAUAAACAACAUCUGAGUUGCAGGGUUGAGUUGCUUUUACAAGAGCAACUUUAGUUGUAUUUUUGUCGUAGCGAGAACGGUACAGCCGUUCUGCCUAUUGUGUUUUGAACUUGAACAUAAAUACCCACGUGGCGGAUCGAAUUUUUGUUUUCCUAUUGGCUACUGAACGUAACCAACUUACGGAUUGUGUAUUUCGAUUCUCUUCUGCUUCAAGCUAAAGGUGUGUUUUUUUGGAAAGCAUUUAGAGAAAAUUUCAGCACUUUAUUUUAUGGAAGAGUUCGAAGACUCAGGUUAAUAAAUGCGCACAGAGUUUCCGUACACUCCCUCUAAAAACUUAGGUGCGCAAUGUUGAACUUUCUACUGUGUGUUUGGUUCUUUUUAGUGCGUGUGUUGAUUUUCAUAAGGUAAAACGGGGCCUCCCCGUAAAAAAAUCCAUAGCAAUAGAAGGGGGUGGUAGGCCUACACGACUUUUACCUCAUGCCAAAAUGCUGCUUAUUCCAAAACGGGGACUACCCGUAAAAAAAUCCAUAGUGCCAACCUAGACUGCGAACAAUCUCUUAUUAUUUUUUGCAAAGUUACUGCACGCGAAACCUAAGCACGCGAGCAGCGAGAAACGAGGGCAUAAGCCCAAGAAGAAAAAAUAAGAGACUGCUGACUCUUUUGUUUUGUCUGGGGACAAAGAAGCUGUCGAGGUGAUUUAAUUAAUCAAUUAAACCCGAAUAACUUGUCUCAAUCCCUUAUUGUAGUAAUAAAGUCGUGGUUAGCAAUCGCGCUGGAUGACAUAAGAACUAUACGGAUUUUAAGAGAAAAGGCGGACUGCAAGCAGUCUAGUGCCAACCUGCAGGAUUUUUUUUUAUAUUUCUGGCGUUCCGAUGGGACGAUGAUAUAAGGGCAGCUUUUAUACCAAAAUUACUGGCAAGAAUUGCAAUAAAUCAUUUGUAAAUAUUGUUUUUAUUCGAGGACAGCAUUUACUAGUAAUCAUGUUUGCUUCUAUCUGCGGCUUUAAAUCGAGGGCGGCCAUGGUUUAAUUAAGUAGAUACCGUAAAAUUCCGAAAACAAGCCCUGGGGCUAAUAUUUUUCAAAGGCCCUUUUUGACGGGCUUAUUUUUGGAGGGGCUUAUAUUCGGGGGGUCUUAUCUACGGAGGGAAAUUUGCGUUUCAAAACCGAUUGGGUUAGCCUCAUAGUUGGAAGUAAAUUUACCGUUUUUGCUUUGUUUUACUUUGUAUUUGAGAGCAAUUUUCCAAGUACAAGCCCCCAGGGGACUUAUAUUUGGGAGGCGAUUUAACGGGGGUUUUUUUGCGUUACCAGUUUGGGGGCCUUAUAUUUGGAGGGGCUUAUACAUGGAGGGGCUUAUUUUCGGAAUUUCACGGUAUGAUUCUCUUCAAUCGUUGCCGGCCUCCCCCCCCCGGCCAAAAAAAAAAUUAGUUAAAAACCAAAACAUUUGGGAGAUUUAAAAAUUAUAAAAUUUACGUAAGAAUGACGUCAGCAAACAUGACGUCAUAACUGAAUAUUUUGAGACAUGCUGGUAACUAAUUUGAGUGGCCUGACAUUUUGCAUUUUCAACUUUCGUGAAAAACGCUAAAAGGUCCACAAAGUUAUUGUAAAAUAACUCCCAGUAACGUGAUGAGGAACCUGACAAGAAAUUUAGAUUUGACUCAAUCUGUAUUGAAUUCGAUGAAAAAGCGAACGUUUUUUUAACAACCAGUUAAGGCACGUUCCAUUUGUUUCUCCAACUGUUAAGAUCCGUGGCAAAAUUAAAAUGAGAUUUCAUUUUGUACAGGUUGAACGUGACUCAGUUGGUCACUCUUCUCCUUGACUCCAAACUAGUUUCAGUUCUCUGUCACUUUGGCAAUUUUGGGUGCGGAGAUGGAGGAUGGACACCGGUCAUGAAGAUGGACGGCAGCAAGGUAAAACAUGUGUAUUCGGCAACGAGAGUGAAAAAAAUGUAUUAUAAUUAAAUACAGGUUUGCUUAUGUCAGCGGUAAUUUUCCAUUAUCCUAACCUGCGAAUACAGCCAUUUCUCCUUGUUCCUCGCCGUUGAGGAUGUUUCGCCAGGAGGAACGUCUGCGCCUCAGCGACAGAAAUUCCAUGCUGAUGACGUAAAAACUGUCCCGAUUCUGGUCAGGAGCUCUGAUUAGUCGACAUAGUAGUUACAUUGUUUUACAUAUUGUUUUCGAAUGACAGACAAAGACAAAAAGCCACAAAGGCCAAAUGUAAACGGGGUUGUAAACGUGGGUGUAUCCGCCACUUCAAAAAACUGUCAAUAUUCCUGGAAUAUAUUCUUCUCUAGAAAAGCAUCUGAGUUUUGCUGGAGCUCAUUCGCGAUAGAACACAAAACUUUACCAUAACCGACCAGGAGAAACAUAAAUUCACUUGGUACCCACUGACUACAUCAUGUAAACAUUGAUUUACGUCAUCAGUAUGGAAUUUCUGUCGCUGAGGCGCAGACGCUCUACCUGGCGAAACGUCCCUAGCGAUGAAGAGCAAGGAGAAACGGCUGUAUUCGCAGGCUACAAUUAUCCCGAAAAAUGUGACAGAGCAUCUUGGCUAUUAAAGAAAAACAAUAAACUACGCAUUUCGAAUGGGAAAACGGAUGAAUGAAAAAGCAUGCUUUACACUUUAUCUCUCGAAUAUUUCUUAGUAUUCACUUUACUAGACGAGUGAGCGGAAAUGAACAAAGUUUAGGGAGUCGAUUAUCAUGUAAAACCGACGUAGUUACGUACACUCCCCUGUUUGCAGAUUCACGUCGCUGAGUACAGUUGAACCUUCCCCGAAGGGCACUGACCUCCUGUGUCCGGCUUACACUCAGUAGAUGAUGGGAGUCACUGUGUCUUUCUUCUUUUCUCAAAUUAUAAUGAGCUUUUUUCUGUUAAGAAAAGCUCGUGCCCAAGGACAACAUUGUUGCCAAAUGGCGUCCCCAAAAACGCCAGUUUCAUUUUCUAGACACAAUUUGUUGUAUAAAAUUAUAAACUUUCAACAGGGUUGGAUCCUACUUUCAGAACGUUCAGCAAAUUAAAGUGAAAUUUACAGCAGGCUCGACCUUAUCAUACAAUCGAACCUCCCGUAAGUGACCACCCAAAAUGCACAGGCUUGGUGGUCGCUUACGAGAGUCAACCUAGAAUGGAGUGGUGUAUUUAUUAUAAAAAAAAUAAUGAAAGUUUACUUUCCCCUGCCAAUUACUAGCUAAUAGGUUUUAUUGACAAGAUCAUUUAGCUAUUCUAUGUGACAGUUCAUUUGCGGAAGUGCACUUAAUUAGAUAACGCGCGUUAUAAAUUUGGGGUUAGAAAAUUUUACUUGUGUACGUGACUUCUUGUACAGAAAUGUCCCUGAAACGUCUGACAAACAAAAACUUAACUUCUUAAACUGAAACCUAGAAAUCUGAGUCUUUUUCUCAAGGGUAAUGGUUAAUAUUGUAGUUAUAAAUCGAACUACUAAACACAGUCAUAGAUGUGUAGACAUUAUGACAGCUAAAGAAUAAAUGCUUUUUGUCCAUUUUUACCGUGAUGUACUUCACUGUUUGGUAAGACCAUGUGUCAAGUGGUCGCUUACCGGAGGUUGAAAACAAUAGAAAAUUCUAAAACUGUCAGCCGAAAUAGUGGUCGGGGUCGCUUGCGGGAGGAGGUCGUUUACCAGAGGUUCCAGUAUGAGGCUUUGACUGAGGACAUUUUUGGUGUUUUGGGAAGGUGGUCGCAUGCGGGGGUUCGACUGUAUUUGAAAAUCUCUCGCCCCAUUCUUUCUAGUAUGUGAGUAACCCAAAAUUUCACACAGCAAGAGCCUCAAACGAUGACUCCUUUUGAUUUAACGUUCGAUCUGAAGAAAUCUGAUCAUGUGAUUAUUAGACAAACCACAGCAGAAUAAUAAUAAUAAUAUGAUUAAAAGCAGUGUCACUCUAUUUCUCCUAUCCAGAAGACAACCUCGUUCCCAGGGUCCUCUCGUACUCCCACCAGGGGAAGAGUAGGUGUGGAGCCUGGGAACGAGGAUAGGCGAAUUAACAAAUCAUGCUUAAAUCUAAUCAAUCUUUACCUAUGAUAGAGACUGUUUUUUUGUCAUAAAUUUUAUCACAGCAAACGUUUCACUACGACUCCAGUCUCUGGAGAAACAAAGAAGCCUUUAAACUUGACGGAGGGAGGACUGGGUUUGACUCACAGGAGACUAAACUUCCCUCCUACUGGAACGCAUCCUUUUCCAAGAUCUGCCUCGGUAUAAAGAUCAACAACCAGAUCAAGUUUAUUGUCAUCAACAAGCAGGCGAACUCCUUGUACUCUCUGAUCGCUGAUGGGCUAUACCGCAGCACCUCACUGGGUCGUGACACGUGGAAGUCGCUGAUUGGCUCUGAGGCCUCCUUGCAGAUUGGUUGUAACAGGGAAGGAUUUAAUGCCAAGAGUGACGAGCAGUCUUUAGGUAGAGACCUGGCUAAAGCAAGAAUCGGUAUCAUUGGUAAUGAAAUAAACGUUUGUAGUCAAUGUGACUCCAGAAUUGGGUUUGGUACUGGAGGGCUCCAUGAUGACAGCAAUACAUGUGGGAAUGAGAAUGCUGAAACCGGAAAGCAUACAAAGGGACUAGGUUACAUCCUAGUACAGUGA